AUGACUCCCCCAUCAGCCUGGCCGGCCAUGAACCCCGUCGUCGACGCCUUCUGCCACUGGAUCGGCCUGGACUAUUUCUACGAGUGGCAGCGGUGGGGGACCCUGGGCCAUUUUCUGUCCGUCUGUCGCCUCGUCGACACAAACGGCGUCAGGCAGCUGCACUGGAACAUCAACACGUGGACCGAUGACGAGGUCCUGGCGUGGAAGCAGUCGUACAUGACGACGUGUUCGUCGAUUGAGGUUGCUGGCGCCAUCUUCGCCAGCGUCGGCCUGACCGCCCUGCAACUCCCCAACAUGGACUCGACGCACUGGACCGCGCGGGCGCUGCUGACGUGCUCGAUGAUCCUCGGGGUGCUGUCUGUCAUCUUCGCCGCAUCGCAGCAAUCCGACAUGGGCAUGCUCAACAAGCCGCUCGACAUCCGGCUGUUCCUCAGCCGGGGCAAGGCCGUGCCGACGCAACGCGGAUACCGCUACCGCAAACCGUUCGCGUUGCUGCCGCUCGAAAGCUCCGUCGCCGCGCUCAAGCAGUUCGACCUGCCCAAGGUGGUCCUCAACCUGGCCGUGCUGCUGUACAUCGUCGGGGUGGGCGUCUACCUGCUCUACGCGUGGCUGUACCGGGUCGAGCCGGCGGGCGGGCGCGACGACUUCCGCAACGUCUUCAUCGCCUUCGCCGCCACCGUCGGCGUCGUGUACUUGUACGUCGCCGUCGUCGGCGCCCUCGCCUACGCCGACAACCGCAAGCGCACCGAGGACUUUGACCUCGACCGCACCACCACCUUUGCGAAACCGGCCUCCCAGGUCCAGCUGGAGGAGUGGCUCCGCGCCCUGCAGGACAUGCAGAGCACCACCCUCGAGUCCGCAAACGUCUACAUCCGCCUGCAGACCGCCGUCGACGACCUCAAGGCCAAGUGGGACGCGGACAGGGACGAGUUCGAGCACCGUAAAAAAGUAAUGCGCACCGCGCAGAAGAACAGCAGGAAGCGGCGUGCGAAAGACGCACCAGCGGCUGCUGCAGCAGCAGCAGUAGCACAUCGUGCAUGA